AUGUUCCGGAACGCCCUCCGACAGUCCACGCGCGCUGCGAGCGCAAUCUCUGCGGGCAGAAUCGUUGCACGAAAUGCCGCACCAGCCGCCCUCAACGUCCAGGCCCGAUCCUACGCCGACAAGGCCUCUCCCACCGAGGUUUCUUCUAUCCUAGAACAGAGAAUCCGUGGUGUUUCCGAGUCGUCCAGCUUGGCUGAGACUGGACGCGUACUGUCUGUCGGUGAUGGUAUCGCCCGUGUGCACGGCAUGGCCAACGUUCAGGCCGAGGAGCUCGUCGAGUUCGCUUCCGGCGUCAAAGGAAUGUGCAUGAACCUCGAGGCCGGCCAAGUUGGUGUCGUGCUCUUCGGUUCCGACCGUCUCGUCAAAGAAGGCGAAACCGUCAAGCGUACCGGAGAAAUUGUCGACGUUCCCGUUGGCCCGGAGAUGCUCGGACGUGUCGUCGAUGCCCUGGGUAACCCCAUCGAUGGCAAGGGUCCUCUCAACACCAAGGAACGCAGAAGGGCUCAACUGAAGGCCCCCGGCAUCCUGCCCCGACAAUCCGUCAACCAGCCCGUGCAGACCGGUCUGAAGUCCAUCGACGCCAUGGUCCCCAUUGGCCGUGGCCAGCGUGAGUUGAUCAUCGGUGAUCGUCAGACCGGAAAGACUGCCGUCGCCCUGGAUGCCAUGCUCAACCAGAAGCGAUGGAACAGUGGCAAUGACGAGACCAAGAAGCUCUACUGCAUCUACGUCGCUGUCGGUCAGAAGCGAUCUACCGUUGCCCAGCUUGUCAAGACUCUUGAGGAGAACGACGCCAUGAAGUACUCUAUCGUCGUUGCUGCGACUGCUUCCGAGGCCGCGCCUUUGCAGUACAUUGCCCCCUUCACUGGCGCAAGUAUAGGCGAAUGGUUCCGGGACAAUGGUAAACACGCGCUCCUCAUCUUCGACGAUUUGUCCAAGCAGGCCGUCGCCUACCGCCAAAUGUCUCUGCUGCUGCGCCGCCCCCCCGGACGUGAGGCGUACCCCGGUGACGUCUUCUACCUCCACUCGCGUCUGCUGGAGCGUGCUGCCAAGAUGAACGACAAGCUCGGUGGUGGUUCCUUGACUGCUCUGCCCAUCAUUGAGACGCAGGGUGGUGAUGUGUCUGCCUACAUUCCUACCAACGUCAUUUCCAUCACGGACGGUCAAAUCUUCUUGGAGGCGGAACUUUUCUACAAGGGUGUCCGACCUGCCAUCAACGUCGGUCUGUCCGUGUCUCGUGUCGGUUCAGCUGCGCAGCUCAAGGCCAUGAAGCAAGUCGCUGGUUCCCUGAAGCUUUUCUUGGCCCAGUACCGUGAAGUCGCCGCUUUCGCUCAAUUCGGUUCCGAUCUCGAUGCUGCUACCAAGCAGACCCUCAACAGAGGUGAACGUCUGACGGAGCUUCUCAAGCAGAAGCAGUACUCCCCCAUGGCCGUCAACGAGAUGGUUCCUCUUAUCUACGCUGGUGUCAACGGUAUGCUCGACUCGGUUCCUGUGGCCAAGAUCCUCCAGUGGGAAGCCGACCUCCUGUCACACCUCAGGACCAACGAGUCGGAUCUGCUUGCCACUAUUGACAAGGAGGGCGCGCUCAGCAAGGACCUCGAGCAAAGAUUGAAGGACGUGCUCACCAGCUUCACCAAGAGCUUCACCUCUUAA